CCCGCCGGGCUAUCGCGUCACUUCCGCCGGUUACCCCGCCUCGUGCCGCGGCCGCCGGUGCCGGCUCCGGGGGGGUCCCGGUUCCUCCCCCCCCCCGCUCCCCUCCCCCCCCCGCGAUGUCCGACCUGAUCCUCAACGUGCACGCGGCGCACGUGGCGCGGCCCCGCGCGGCCCCGCGCGGCAACCGGAAGCACCGGCGCUUCCUGCAGCGGCGGCGCGCGGAGCGGCGGGGGCCGGCGCCCGCCCGCGCCAAAGGCAGCGGCGGGAGCGGGAGCGGCCCCGCAGCGCCCCCCAGCGGCCCGGCGGUGGCGAUCGACUGCGAGAUGGUGGGUACGGGCCCCGGCGGGCGCCGCAGCGCCCUGGCCCGCUGCAGCAUCGUGGGCUACGGCGGGGACGUGCUGUACGACCGGUACGUCCGGCCCGCCGCGCCCGUCGUGGAUUACCGCACCCGCUGGAGCGGCAUCCGGCGGCACCACAUGGCCGGCGCCGUCCCGUUCGGCGCGGCGCGGAAAGAGAUCCUGCGCCUCCUCGCGGGGAAGGUGGUGGUGGGUCACGCCGUCCACAACGACUUCAAGGCGCUCAAGUACUUCCACCCCGAAGCUCUCACCCGCGACACGUCCAAGAUGCCGCUGCUGAACCGCAAAGGCGGCUUCCCCGAGAACGCCACCGUGUCCCUGAAGCGCCUGGCCAAGGAGCUGCUGCACAAGGACAUCCAGGUCGGGAAGAGCGGCCACUCCUCGGUGGAGGACGCCCGGACCACCAUGGAGCUCUACAAGGUGGUGGAGGUGGAAUGGGAGCAACAGCUCCUGCUGACCCCCAAGCAGGAGUGAGGCCCCCCCAGCUCCAUCCUGCACCCCAAGAGGGGUCCCGGUGCUGUUCCAUCCAUCCCUAUGGACAACGGGUGGGAGCAUGGAGCCGGGCACCAGCAUCCCUGCGCCCUGAUGUGCCUUAUCCCAGCACUGUGUGACAGCCCCCGUCCUCCCCAGCGACGUGGGGCAGAGCUGGGGCCACACUGUGCCCCCCAGCGGUGCUGGUACCACAGUCUGGGUGCCUCCGAGGGGCUCUCCCUGCUCCACAGCCCCAUUCCCUGCGGGAAGCGGUGCCCAGGGCGGGCUCCUUCCCUUCCUGGUCCUUCCCAUCUUGCACAACUACCUCUGCCAGGAGCAGGAAGCGCCGAAGGGCUCCGGGAGCUCUUCGUUUGGGAGCUUUGGUUCCAUCUUCCUCAUUGCACAAGGGCCAGGACGAGCCUGGGCACGGGGGACCGGUGCCACCAGUGCCACCAGUGCCACCACCGCGUCCUUAGCGCUGCCUCCGGUGUGGGGCUGCCCCGAACCCCAGUUCUGGGGCUGCCCCGGGGUGGGGGCUGUUUGGAACUGAGCUGGUUACAGCCCCAAUCCCAAUUAAACGGGAAUGAUUCAUGA